GCUCAACAAAAACGCUUAUGCUAAUUCUUCUUUACUCACUUUUCCCUAAUAUAUUCUGGUUCUUCCACUGCAAAUUCGAGUAUUAACCACCUUUUUACAUUUUCCUUUACUCCUACACACUCCUUGAUGCUAUACUCCUGUUCUACUCCAGCUGGAUCCAUAAUAAACCACUCCGCUGCGUCGUCUUUCACUUCUAUUCACUCCCUAAUGAUAAACUCCUGUUCUACCACUACAAACUGUAUCAAAAUCCAUUUCCCUGCGCUUUCCUUCCUUCCCUCACCCCCUCUGCUAGUUAUUAAGCCUUGAGGGCAAAGAAAGGGGAGUAGACAGACCUUCACGAAGUUUAAAAUUAAUUAAGUGACCAUUCAUCUCCUUGCAGGGUGUUGCGAUGUGUGAUGGUGAGAGGAGGCGGGAGGAGUGUGGUGGCGGUGGUGGUGGUGGUGGUCGUGGCCGCGGCAGGGUGGGGGUCCCUCUUGACGGCAGGGGCAGCGGUGGUGGUGGCAGGGGCGGCGCACAGUCCCUGCCCCGUGAGCGAGUUCACCUGCGAGAACUUGCGCUGCGUCCCCAAAGACCGAGUGUGUAACGGGCGGGACGACUGCGGCGACAAGUCUGACGAGAAGCCGAACUGUACACCUUGUAAUGUGACCUACUACGGGGAGGUGGGGCGGAGCUACGAGAUCGACCUGCAGGAGUCAGCGACGCUGCGGCCUCCCUUCACGUGCCACAUGACAUUCACGGCCGGCGGGGACAUCUUCGGGGAUCUGGUGCAGCUCAACUUUCGGGACCUGCAGCUCGGCUCGUUCCGCUCCCACCACGUGUGCGGCUGUCCAAAAGGGGACAUGGAGGUCAACGAGCCGCAGCGGCCGCACGAGGGAGGCUUCUGGUGCGGCGCCAGCGGGGACCACAACGUGUACUACAGCGAGACAAGCAAGGUCACCGUCACCAUCAAGGUGCCCGCCCCCGAGGCCGACACCGCCGGGGAGAAGAAGAUUCGGCUACGGCUGCUAUACAAGUUCCUGCUGGGCGCCGAGUCCAUCGUGCGCUACGGCCCCUGGAACAGCGCCAAGUACCUCGGCGUGUCGCGGCCCGGCACGGUGUGCGACAAGAUAUUCGACUCGUGUGACCGCCGGAAGUGCCGCGUCCAGUCCCCAAACUACCCCGGCCUGUACCCGCGCAACGUGACGUGCCAGUACGUGAUCCGCCAGGCCACGGUGCCGCACGGCCGCCACGCCCUGGUCAGCGUGGACCAGCCGCAGCGCGGGCGCGUCCAUAUCAAGCACACGGACGCCGCCUGCGACGGCAACCUUCACCUGUGGCUGGACGGGGACUGCGACGUGGUGGGCGACACCCUCAGUGUGUACGAGAUUCAGGGUGAGAACCGGCGGUUGCUCAUGCGGUUCUGCGGCGGCGGGCGUGUGCCGCGCAUCACUGCCAGCGGCGCCGAGCUGAUGCUUGUCUUCCAGACGUCACCGUUUGACAAUUUGUACUUUGACUCCUCGGAAGGAACACACCCCGGCUUCGAACUAGACGUGGGUGUGGCCUUUGUGCCCAAAAACUCCUUCUUGUACGCAGACCAAAAGUGUGAGUUUAUCAUCUCUAGCUUCGAGGCGUCGCGCGGCCAUUUUGAAAACGUGGCUCACUCGUUGCCCCGCGACAGUAAGUGCGAGUACAAAUUCAGCGGCCAGCCCGACGAGGUGAUCUGGCUCUACUUCACGAGGCUCAAGUCCACGUACACUCAGCCCAAGACCCGGGACGAGCCGCACUGCCGCACAAGGGUAAAGCUAGUGGAGGGCGCGGACGGAAACGGCGAGGAGCUGGAGAACACAUGCGGUCUUCUAGGCGUGCGUGUGUGUCAUCGCGAGCAGCUGGGCCCGGGCCGGAACAGGACGCGGCCCUGCGGGAGUCAGGAGAGCUACCUCACCUCGGCCUCACACGCCACGCUCACCAUCCUCUACCGCCUGCCAUCCACCGUGGCGGGACUUGAGUUUCGGCUCCACUACGAGUUCGUGUACGCUGGGCCUCGGGCGGCGGCGCUCAACAGGCCGGAACCGUGCGACAGACACAUCAGCAGCGACCGCAGCAAGAAGGGUCUGCUGGCCUCGCCCGCCAACAAUUUGCUCUACGGAAAGUUCGGCGCUACCAAGCUACGCUGUCAGUACACGCUGCAGGGGCGGCCCAACGAGGCCGUCAGGAUCACCUUCAUAUACUUCUACGCCCAUAACUCCUCGUGUCCCGGGCGAGAAACACCCCUGCAGGCAUGUGGGCGCCCCAACGCUUUGGAAGGCCGCGGGGCGCGCCUGGAGGUGUCGGAGUGGCCGUGGCCCGGCGUGGAGCUGCCUCAAGCAUGUAUCUGCCACGGUGACUACCUUCCGGCCACGCUUCUCUCCUAUUCCGCCUCCCUCACCAUCACCUUCACUGUGGUCGGCAUGGACGUGUUUGAUGACUUUUCUCACUUCAGCUUCGAGCUGGAGUACGAGUUCGUAGAGAUCGAGGCGUGCGAGGAGGAGCGUGUGGUAACGGGCGAGGCGGGAACCCUCAGUCUGGCGCUGCGCCCACCUCCGGGACCCUGCCGCGGCCACCCGUGGCUCCUGCAGCCUACGCCAAACCGCUUCCUACUGGUGUCUGUUCCCGGGAAAGCCAUCAGAGGCGGCCUCCAGGGGGCGGCCCACGGACAUCUGGUAGCGGCAGAUGACACCGUCGGCCCCUCAGACUGCCAGAGCUCCGAGUUGCACGUGUACCAGCCGGGCAAUCCGCGGCCACUGAGCGCCGUGUGUGUGUCGCCAGGCGCCGCCGAGACGGUGCACGUGUUCUCCGAGGGCUUCAACGAGCCGCUAUCGCUGGACUACCUGGGCGAGGCGGCGCGCUCCCUUAUGGUGGUGCUGCUAAGUCGCCCCGCCUAUCGCUCCGGAGCUGCACAGGCCCAGCAGCACACUGCGGUGGACGUGCGCUGGGUUGAGGUCGCGCCCCGCUGGCUGGCCACGCGCUGCGCCACCGAGUGUCCCGCCGUGCACGCCUGCAUCAGUGCUUCGCUCUUUUGUGAUGGCACGUGGCACUGCCCGUCAGGGGCUGACGAGGCGGUGGUGACGUGCCUGAUGGCGCUGUCCCCAUGGCUGUGGCUCACCUUUGGGCUGGCCGUCGGCUGCGUAUCAGUGUUGUCGGGCUGGUGGGGUUGGACACUGUGGAAAGCCCGGCAGGAGCGAAACGCAGGCAGCGGCUGCAGUGCCGAGGUGCUCACGCCGGGCCACCACGAGUCCCCGCCGGAGCCCCCGGACUACCCAGACUGCAUCGAUGUGGAUUUCGAGACAACUGUCUGACAAUACGCCCC